AUGCUUUACUUUGCAAACCCUCUCUUAAGAAACCUCAUCAUCAGAAGUCAGUUUGAGAGCAUCAAGAGGAAGCAAUGCCUCCAGUACUUGAAAACACUGCGGACUCUUCAAUACGACGGGUUCAAGACGGUCUAUUUUGGAGAAACUUACAUCCCAGAAAGUCUCGUAACUGGGGAAGAUGUUGGUGAUGGCUAUGCCAUGCGAAGUCCAACUUGGUGUAUUGUGCAUGCUGGCGGUAGUCAAGGAUGGGUGCCUUGGAAAUACCGGCUCUUCCUGCGAGAUGAGUUAUGGGUCAAGCAAGAAGAUGGCCUCUUCUUCGAGUUCUGUGACGUGGUGAAGAAGUGUUACGGGAAGUGUGUCAUUGUGGUCAAAGAGAAAAGGCAGCAAGAUGAGAGGAGCCCCGAAGACCACCAAGAGUAUAAAGCCCAGCCCCGUGCCCCACCGAUCGUUAACCUAACAAGCAGCUGGUGCUGCCCUGAGGUGGCCAAGUCCUGUGGCCAUGAGCUGCUCUUUCUGCCUUUCCCUUACAAUUACCUGAACCCUCUAGACUCAGCCUGGUCUUCUCUGAAAUGGUUUAUCAUCAAUAACAGAAAAGAGUUUCGUUUGCAGUCCAUUGACAGUAUCUAUUCUUACCAGUAUGUACUGUUCAGUGACCUGAUUAGCAAAGGGAUAGAAAGGAUAAGUCCGGGCAAGUGGAAGACAAUAAUUAACAAAGUGAGAAGAUGGGAAAACUACUAUCUCGGUAAAUUUUCAUAA